UAGUGUUUGUUUGGGUUUAUAAAAGAGCGCGGCGGAGACUACCAAUCACUUCGUCACCGUAACUGGUAAAGAACUGAGUGCAGUAGCAGUCGGAAGACAACACCUACUUCUCCACAAAACAUCACUACCGUUAGGAGUCCUGACACGCAACAUGCUGACCAAGGCAGUAUUCUUGCUGGUGGUGGGUCUGGCUACCGUCGCCUUGUGCGCCACCACCCUGAGCCAACCCAGGCUGAGGACCAGAAGCAGGCCCGACGACCCUGAGUUAAACACCAUUCGUCAGACGUCAGAGGUUCCUUCAAACAUCAUCAAGGCGGAAAUGGCCCACUGCCAGCCUGAGAAGAAGACAGUGGAGCUGGACCUGCCCCAAGAGUACGGCACCGUGUUUUUCCCAACGUGUGUGAGAGUGGAGCAGUGUGGCGGGUGCUGUGGCCAUCCUUUGCUCACCUGCAGGCCCAGCAGCACAAAGACGGUCACGUAUGAGGUGACGAAAAUGACCGCCGAGCACAUUAGCAGCCCUUACUAUGUGAAUGUCACCAAGCACGUCAAAUGUGAGUGCCAAUGUUCGGUAACGGAGCAGGACUGCACGACAAGCCAGACUUACGAUGAGAAUAAUUGUGAAUGCAUUUGUGAGAAUGAAGAACAAAAGCGAGCGUGUGACAAAAGGAAGGACAAGUUGUGGGACAAAGACUCCUGCACCUGCAAAUGCCGCAAAGACGACGUGGUGUGCGAAACCGGGGAGUUCUUCUGCCAGGACUCCUGCAAGUGUAAGAAAGAGAAAUAGUGACGGAUCCUGGAGUUCCCGAGGGCCACCGCACUGCACCCGACGCUUCCAUGGAUGCACUGCAAGGACCCGCCGCUGACGAGACUCCUCUGUGCAUCCGACAUGGCAGCCUACGUACCCUCUAUUUAUUUCUAUUUAUUAAUAUUUAUUUUGUACAGUAGCACUUCCGCUGUCAUGCUCAUCCUUUGUUAGCAUUAGUAGUCCUGUAUAUAAAUGUGUGUGUAGACAAAGGAGGAGGACGAAAGAGGAGGUUGAUUCUGUAUUUUCUAAGUUACAAAAGUAGUUAACACUGCGUAGUGCAAAGCUAAGUGUCUAACAAGUUGUAGAUCCUUAUGAAAAUAUUGUCUAGCGAAAUUCUAGCUGAAUUUUCCUUGAUUCUUGAUCCUUGAUGUCUUGCUACCUCAUAUUAUUAUAACACUUUAUUAUAGUGACAUGACACAAAUUUAGUCAGCAUAAAUAAAACCGCUGGCACUAAAAGGC